GUUAUUAGCAUAAAUCGUUCUGAACAGUCAGAAAUGAAGCCGCAAACAGGACGGAUCGUGAAGAGCAGUUCGCCGAGCUGGCUAUGUGCACUUAUGCCGCUGAUGAUCGAUGCAGUUUGCGGGAGAGCUCAGUAUGCAUCACCUUAUGGCAGUGCUUAUGCAAUUGCCACAUCCAACUACGCCAAUCCAGAUGUGCAAUCGAUAUGGUCUGGUCCGCCGAUCAUAGUGAAUGAUAAUCAGUACAGCGCCCAGGAACAGCAGCAGUAUCCAAAAAGUAAUGUUUACUAUGGCGCGGAACCUUCGUAUAGACAACCAUAUCCAAAUUGGAGAAGGGAAGAACCAACACGUGCUCCAAAUCACAACUACAACAAUGUGCCGGGCUACUUUUACUAUCAACAGCAGGAGACUACUCCAUCAACACCGCUGCGCUAUCCCCAAUCUAUUCCAGCUCAACUUCAGCCAUAUCCACAAAGGAAUCCGGAGCUGGAGACCAGCGAUUCGCGUCGCGACGAGGAGCAAGUGGUCCAAAUUGGCGGCAGUCGCUCACUGGCCACAAAUAACUAUCUAAAUACGUACAAUAAUAACGAGAAUUUCUAUGAACCCGCUCAGCCCUGGAGGCGUCGUGAUUACCAGGCCAAAUAUGCCCAACAUUUUGCCGAAUAUUUGCGUAAAUAUCCAAGACGCCUGCAGCCAGUUUACAACACCAACGAGGAUUUCGUUGAGAAGUAGGGGAAUACUCUGCAUUUCAAUCUGCGCCAAAAACCAAAUUGAAUAAAUCCCCUCAAGAGCCAUUAGGCUUUUCGUUGAAAGCGUGCCAAGAAAA